AUGCAACAUUACUUCUUCUGCCUCUACUUAUUUUCUAUUGGUCAUGAAAAAGAAAAUGAUUUGAAAAAUCUAGCAUAUGUGGUUGUUAAUUUCAAUUGGAAAAGGCAUGAAAGAGACUAUGAUUGUGGUUUGGAUCUGAUGCGUCACAUGGAGACAUUCAUUGGACAGUCGGUCUAUUGUUGGGAUUGCGAGCUUGAUUAUAAUCCAAGUACAUUGAUAACUUCAUUGAAGAUUUUGAGGAUGAAGUCCAUGGUAAAUCUUAUGUUAUCGGAGCACAAUAUUCAAAAAGAGAUGCUUAUUUCUGAAGCAAAAUUAUUUGAGAAGGAAAAUAACUUAAAUGCAGCUUGA